AACUGCUGGGGUUCUCGGCCCUGGUGUGGGCGCACCCAGCGUCCGGGGUGCAGCUUCUCUCAGCCCGGCUUCUCCUCCCACUCACUCUCUCCCAUCUCCUCCCUCCUUCAACCCCCCGCCCCCGGGACAGCUAGGCUCCCUCCCCGCACCGGCCAGUGAGUACACAAAGCGGCGGGUGAGGGGAAGCUUCGCAGGCGUGCACAGAGCAGUGAGAUCACUGGCGUUAUAAAUAUCCCGGUGCCAGCGCCGAGAUCCGCUCCGGUGGCCUCUCUCUCUCCCCCACUCCCUCUCUCUUCCCCGAGGCUAUGUCCACCCCGUGCGGCGAGGGGGGCAGCGCCAGAGGCACGCAGCCGCGCGGGGGCUACAGAGCCCAGGAGCAACCCAACAAGAUGCACUUAGGACCCCCGCGACUGGAAGAAUGAGCUUGUCCUUCCUCUUCCUCCUCUUCCUCAGCCACCUGAUCCUCAGCGCUUGGGCUCACGGGGAGAAGCAUCUUGCCCCCAAAGGGCAAUCCGGACCCGCUGCCACUAAUAGGAACCCGGGAGACUCCGGCAGCCGCCAGAGCACUAGUGGCACGACGUCUUCCAGGUCUUUUCCUGCCUCUUCUUCCUCCCCCGCGGCUUCUCUGGGCAACCAAGGAAGCGGCUUGGAGCAGAGCAGUUUCCAGUGGAGCCCCUCGGGGCGCCGGACUGGCAGUCUCUACUGCAGAGUGGGCAUUGGUUUUCAUCUGCAGAUCUACCCGGAUGGCAAAGUCAAUGGCUCCCACGAAGCCAAUAUGUUAAGCCAAAUUUACAGAUGACUGCAAGUUCAGGGAGCGAUUUCAAGAAAACAGCUAUAAUACCUAUGCUUCGGCAACCCACAGAACUGAAAGGACAGGGCGGGAGUGGUACGUGGCCCUGAAUAAACGAGGGAAAGCUAAACGGGGUUGCAGUCCUCGGGUCAAACCCCAACACAUCUCCACCCACUUUCUACCAAGAUUCAAGCAGUCUGAGCAGCCGGAACUUUCUUUCACUGUUACUGUUCCUGAAAAGAAAAAGCCACCUACCCCUGUCAAGCCAAAGGUUCCACUCUCUACGCCUCGAAAAAGUCCCAAUACAGUGAAAUACAGACUCAAGUUUCGCUUUGGAUAACUCUGAUCUAGGCCUUGCCAGAAAGCAUUCUUUUCCCUCAGGAGAUUCUACAGGUGUCUUUGGAGCUCUGGAGAAAAAUCUUCAGUCACAGCUUCGGCUGGACUCACUCUGUAUGAAAAGUCAGGUCAUUUGUUUCAGUUUGAAGCAAAAACGUUUUUUUGAUAGGAAUGGAACUGGAAUUCUUUGUACUUGUAGGAGGAGCAUAGCACUUCCGUUCAGAAAGCCUUUUGCUUUAUACUUAGGGGAUAUUUAGAAUUCCACAUUUUCAGAAAGUCAAAUAGCCUGGACUAUGUAUUUUUCUGACUUUUACAGCUCAACCUGAAAGAACAUACAUGAUACAUUUUUUUAUUUUUUGGUUUCCAAAGAAUAUUUUGAUGCAGAUAAAAUAUUUUAUUAACUUUUAUUUUUGUUUUUUUUUUAAAUUACCUCUGCAUUGUUCAUAUUUUCUUACUUUUGUUAUUUUAACUAAUAUGACAUAAGCAAUCGUUUUAAUACUGUUUAUGAAUUAUAAAUGUGUUUAGAGCUUAUUUGUAACGUGGAUUUCUUUUGCAAUUUUCUAUUCACUGCACUAUUUUUAUUUUAUUUUUAUUUUUUAGCCAUACCUCAGUUAAUGUAAAUUUAGUUUGACGUUUUAAAAUGUUUAAAUUCUCUUCCACAGCGUCAAAGGCUCAGCUUGGAUUUGUGUGUAUGCGUGUGUAAAUUUAUGACAUUAUGUGAAAACCUACCCCUUUAACGGCUGGUUAGAAAUUAAGGAGGAAAAAAAAAGAGUAUUUUAAUGAAACUAACAGUUGUAGGUAAGGAAAAGAAUUAGAGGUAAAAGUACUCUAAGUUUGUAGCAUUUAUUGAGAUCUAAUUCUGUCUUGCCUUUGCUUCUCCUGUUAUCUUACCCCCUGCCCUCAUUCUGGAACAGCUGAAGGAAUACAUUUUAUUCUGUCCAUCAAGCAUUCACUAUGAAAUCGGAGUGCUUAAAAAUACUUCUGUGACCCUCUGCAAUGCUUGUUGUAUAGAUCCACAGGGAGUAACCACUUAGAGGGAAACGAUGGAGAACUGAAGGAGAUGAAUCGCUGAACAGUUAUCCAUGUCAAGUCUGGUUGUCAAAAAAUGUUCUUAUUAUUCAGUCAAACAUGCUUUGAGCUUCGUAUCCUAAAAGUAACCAUUCCAGUGAAUAUAUCUGCCAUUUUACAAGGAAAUUUUAUGAUACAUAUAUAUAUAGAUAGAUAUAGUAUGUAUAUCUAUCUAUCUAUAUAUAUAUCUGACAUACAUAUAUAGAUACAUAUACAUUAUAUGUAUAUAUAUAUAUAUAUAUAUAUAUCUGAUAUAAAUAGAUAUUUAAUCUCAUCUUGUGAUAUGGGAGACCUGGGAAUUUGAUGAGUUGAAAUGGCACUUCAUUCUCAACCCAAAUACUGAAUGCUGAACAUAAAUCGCAGAAAAUACAACUCAUGAAAUUUAUUUUCUUGGAUAAUCAUUUUUAUUGAGUUCUAUAAUAUACAAAUGUUCAUCUUACAUUUGGAAAUGUUGUAAUAAAAAAAGCAUAGCUAAUGGUUAGAAACAUGUCUUUCACAGUAAGAGCCAAAUAGUUCAUAGAAAGUUGGUAGUGUGCACUGAAGUAUGUUUACAGAAUAUUGAUAAGACUGGGGGUAUAGUUAGUGAUAGAGUGCUUGCUUGCCUACCAUUAACAAGACCUUGGGUUUGUUUCCCAGUAUGCACAUCAUAAUCAUAAUAAUGUUAAAUUUAUUUUCCUAAAACAAAGUUCAGCUUAUUAUGGUGCAUAAAUAGGGUGAUUACCAAUAUUGAGUUUAGUACCAUACACACAGAUUGCCUUAUUUAUGUGUAUAUUAUAGGUAGUAUAUGAAAAUCUAUCCAUGAAUUAAAACAUCAUGCAUGCACUUUUACAUAUACUUUUAAUCACUUAUUAUAAAGCCAACAAUGUGUUUAUUGCUCCUUGUUUUAAUGCAUGAUUUUUUAAAAUAGAAAAUGAAUGAAAUGCUACAAAAGUUUUAAUUAGUUUAGACUUUAGAAUACCCCUAAGUUAAAUAAUGUUUUGCAAAUAAAGAUAUGCCCAACUGCUUUUCAAGUGGCAUAUCAUCUUAGGCAUGCAAUAUAAAGCUAUAAAUACUAUUCUAGUUUAUUUUAUUCUGUGGUUAAAUUUUGUACACUGAAUAUCAAAUUCUUACUUAGGAUGCAUGGAGAAUUUAGGUUGUAAAACAGGAGACUUGUAAACAUGUUUAAAUGAGCAAGGAAAAGAUAAUUAUAAUGAUGAUUAACAGCAAACUAAAUUAAACUAAUGCAUGCAUAAGGCUAAAUGAUACUCACAGUUUACAUUAAGUUAAAAAAUAUUAGCUUAUCUGGUCCUCCUUGUUUGAUUUGAUUAGCAUCUGAGGGUUAAAAUAGGCUACCAAAUAUAUAUUAUGCAAGUGAGGACUAAUUAAUUUCAAAAUUUAAAGCCAGACUAAAGUUUAAAAAAAUAAAUUACACUUAAGUUUACUGGUCAUAUGCAAUUAUAUUUAAUUAAUACUCAGUGAAGCAUAAAGUCACCUAAAUUAAUUAAUUAAAUGAACUCAUGCACAGGUAGCAUGUACAAAUAUAACGCCUUACAUAACUUUCUAAAAGUUCAUGGUUAUGUGGUUUUGAUGAUUUUUAAGUAACUAGAUCUAACCAAACUCAAAUAAAGUUUUAGUCAAUAUGUUAAUAUAAAAAUAUCAAUGAAUUUUACACUAAUAUUUAAGAACCUAAUUUGUUUCAAAGA